AUGCUGGAGCUGAUCGUACAAGGAUUUAUCACUCUCCUUCGAAAAGCGUUUGGUGUCGUUUUUGGCAGCCUCGGAGUAGGCAUAGCCUUGAGGAAAGUAAGUUCUUAUAACAAAGAAAAAAAACUUUGCAGGUAUAGACAAUUUUCGCUAUCAAAAUUUUUUCGGAAGAUUUUUUUGAUAGACGAAAUUGGUCUCAAAAAAUCAUCAAAAAUCGAAAGCAUCAGUUUCUGAUCGCGUCUCGAUUGUUCGGGUCGUUCGGUUCGACACACAAUCGAUACGAGGCGUAGGACGCCGACGAGGUGUGGCGAAGCUGCUCGCUCUGCAGACGCUCGGCGGUGACUUCGCCAAGCCUUAUGAUAUAUAACGUGAUCGUUUCUCCUAAUGUUAGUUCUUUCUAACUUUGGUUUUCUUGACCAUGGGCCGUUGUAUACAUCACAUAGAAAAGACCAAAACUUGCUCCAAAAAACCAAGAUCCUGAGUUUUUUUCCUGAGCUGGACAUUAAAAAGAAAAACUGUCCUAGGAACUGAUCAAUCUUAUUAUUAGGGUGCCCCAUAAUGGUUCUAUUGACUAAGCCUUCUCCUAGACUCCCCCAACGACGAAUCGAGGCGACCCAAAGUAUCCUUGACUUUGUUUCUUCUGAAUUCGUGUAAUCCAUAACUUUCGACUGAAUCUUGGUCAGGAGAUAGCUCCAAAUACGCUCGAUUGACGAGGCGCAGAGAUCAAGAUGCAAAGCCUUAUUUUUGGCUAUUAAUUCUCGCUUUUCUACCAACAAGUGUAACACUAGUUGAAGUUAUCAUUUAACUGUCGGUGUGGUCCGCGUUUUCUGAUGGUUUCUUUUCUCACCGAGAUUCGAAACACAAUCAGUUUGUUUUAUUACUGUGUAAGACAUACCAUAGGUUUGAUUUAUUAAAUUCUUUGAAACGGGUUAUCCUGAGUUACGUUGCAUCACGGUUUUUGGCUUUAAAACUUUGACCCUUGCAAUUUAUGAUUUUCGAUUCUUUUGGCCCUUGGGGUGGUGGGUAGAGAAAUACUCAAUCAUUUUUGUUGCCUAUUUUUUUAAAGUCGGCUUUAUUUAUUUAUCAUCAAAUCGGACCCAGGGAACUUCCGGAUUCUCUCAUUUACUGUUCAUAAAAACAAAGAACAAGGCGUAUUUCAUUAAAAAUUCUCCAAGUAGGCCAGUUCAGUGCCGUUUUGGGCUCAAGGUUUAGGUUGGGCAAGUCUUUGUUAAUUUUAUGUUUUUCUUACACCAAUGUUCCAGUAAUCAAAAUCUUUUUCGAACAACUUCAGGACUUGAUUUAUCACCAUUUUCGGAGACCAUUCAAUUCUCCACCAUUCAAAAAAAACGGCUAGAUUGUGCCCGUAUAUGCUCUGUAUUUACUGUAAAUUGUAACCGACUGUUUUCCUUCUUCCUUUGAUGACAAAUAUGAUAGAAAACGUAUUUUUUACAGUUUGGUCAGACUAAAAAUGAGAAGCAAUUUAUUUAUUUUUAAAUUGGCUUCUCCGUCUCAAAAAAAUUUUUCGCUUUGUGCAAAGUACAUAUUUUAAACGGCUUGAACUCUCGUCGCAAUUUUUUGCGCUAACGCGAAAAUGCUUUAAGGCGAUCAGACGAGAAAAGCCAUAGUUAGACAAGGGAGCUUAAGAUUAGGCUGUAUUGAUAAGGACCGGCGCACUUUGAUGCCGCUUGAUUUGGUAAACAAGUUGAAAGAGUGCUAAAGGAAAAUCGAAAGUUUGCACUUCAUAGUUUAUCCAUCAAUCAAUCUUUUAUUUAGCUCAUAUGUACUAUUACCAGAGAUUGCCACGGUCAAAAUUUCGGCUCCGGCUCUUAGCUCCCAGAGCCGGAGCCGAGGCCAAAUUUACAGCUCCGGCUCCGGCUCUUGGCUCCGUGCAAAAUUUAUAAAGGCCUCCGGCUCCGAAUCCCGGCUCCUAUGCAAAAUGUUUUUUUUGAAAAAUAUUUUUCCAAAAAUAAAAGUUAUUAGUGCCAGAGAUCACGCAGUCAACGUUUUUGCAAUCAAGUGACAUCCUCCGCAGUGUUUUUUCAGGCAAUUUGGUUUAACAAGAUCACGAAAUUUUUACUUUUCUGACCGCUGGGAAGCCUGGCUCAGACUUUGGGCUCGGGAGCCGGAGCCGACCCCAAAAUUUCCGGCUCCGGCUCUGGCUCCCGGCUCGGAGCCGCUCAGAGCCGCUCAGAGCCGGAGCCAAGAGCCGGCUCCGGAGCCGUGGCAAUCCCUGACUAUUACUAGUUUAUAAAAGUUGAUUGCGGGGUACCCACUGUAACAAACGUUUUUUUCUUCUCUCAUCCUGGCCCCGCAUGGCUAACUGCGCAUAUUUCCAUUAUCUCAUCGGUGACUCAAUAUAUGUGUAAUAAUUUAUACCGCACAAUGUCAUAAUAAAAUUAGUAAAAAAGCAGUCUACCGACGGUUUCCAGAAUUAUCAAAGACGACAAUCAUCGUGAAAUUUUAGUGAUUAAUUCCGGAUGUUUCCCAAAAAUUUAAAAAAUUAAUUGCCCCUGUUUUUCGAAUAAAAUCUCUGUAAAAACAUAUCUAUCUCUCCACCUUUGCAAACGCCUUCAGCUUUCAUUACUUGCCCUUUCCAAUUACCGCCCUCUUUUGUAAUGACCGUAACCCACAUUGUGCUUUCAAUCUAUAGAAUCCCAAUGUUCGUUCAUCAUUGCAGAACACGUUGUCAUCGAGAAAUGAACACCCAAUCUUUCAGAAGUUAGUUCCAAAUCUAUGAAAAAUAUUAAAAACCAUCGCCGAAAAAAGAAGUGCACCCUUCAAAUCUAUCUGUCUUAUGGUCUAAUGGUUUGUGUUUCCCUUCAAGUUUACACUCUAUUUCCCUGAUAAGAAAUACGACUAUAAAUAUCAUCGUCAAUAUUAUAAAUAUUUCCAACCUCUCCUGCGGUAUUCUUUUUUUGUUUUUGAGAUCAGUCCCUUUUCUGAUGUUUGUUUUUCUUACUGUGUUUUGCAAACAACCCCAUCCCCACUAACCAAUUUUCACCGCAAUCAAAAACAGAGAUUGCCACGGCUCCGGAGCCGGCUUUGGCUCCGGCUCCCGACCCAAAGUCGGAGCCAGGCUUCUCAGCGUCCAAAAAAGUAAAAAUUUCAUGAUCUUGUUAAACCGAUGCUCGAAAAAUACUGGGAAUGAUGUGUUGCGUACGACUUGGCUCAAAAACCUUGGAUGUGUCAUCUCUGACACUAAUAAAUUUUAUUUUUGUAAAAAGUUUUUUUUUCAAUCUCAGGAACGUUGGGCGUGUUUAGUUAGUUAAAUUUAUAGGUAUUUUUAUCUGUUUCAAGGUUUAAUGGAAAAGCGUGACAACCUUUGUCAACAGUUUUAUAUAGUCAAAAGAAACAGUUAAAUUUACGGGAGCCGGAGCUGCAAAUUUGACCUCGGUUCCGUCUCUAGGAGCUAAGAGAAGGUUCGGACGGGGUAUAUACCCAAAAGCCGUGAAGCCGGGUGUUUUCGGCUAUUUAUGGGAAUUUUUAACGUUUAAAAAUGCAAAAAAAAGUGGAAUUUGGUCAUAAAAAAUCAAUGAGUGUUGACAUUUUGUCAUAAUUUGUUGUUUGUUUUCGUUGAAAACUUGGUUUUGAGGUCGAAAACUAGUCAGCCAGUUACCGGAGUCGCAAGAUGAAAGGGUAAAAGAAUAUCACCCUAAACAUGAAUAAGUUAAUGAAUAAGUUGCAAACGACUUCAUAUUGGUACUAUGUAUAUUUGCAAAUUUUAUAAAUACCCGAAAUUUCGGGUAUAUACCCGCGCGGUGAAUAUACCCGAAUGUUCCGAACCCUAGCUAUAAGAGCCGCAACCGAAAUUUCGGCCGUGUCAAUCUUUUGUCAGAAAUCAUUUGUUUCCAUGGCACAGAGUAAAAUACUUAAGAAAUAGUUUUCGACUUGAGCCACGCGAAACUUCCAACCUUGUUUCUUGCACAGUGAAGGAUCCAGUGGCAAAAAACGUACCAUUUUGCAUCCGGGAAGCAUCGAAAAUGUGGCAAAAUGCUUCCCUCUCCAGAUGAAAAAACUUCGUUUUGAAGAGCCCACCCUUUCCCUCACAAAAGGAGCGGGCCACGUCAAGAAAUUGCGGGCCUUGCAAAGGUUCUCACAGCGAAAAAAAAUUCAUAAAACCUGUCAUCCAAAUUGCACAUAACAACAAUUUUUAACCUAAUUUUUUUAAUGGGAACUCUAGGGAGUACUACUAGUCGUAUACAACUGUUUUUUAUACCGCUGGUACAUUCUAAAUGGGUGUCAUCGUGACGCAUUUUCUGAACAUGGUUCGAGCUAGGCUAAAAAUAGUGCAAAUUUCAAGGCCAACUAUCAAAAAAACUGUCCCAUCAAGCGGGACGGGACCGGUGUAGAUACUCGAAGAACAGUUUAAGGAUUUUUUUGACGUGGAGCCUAUACCUCCUUCCAGUGCUCUCUGAGUCGGUAUCGUCGAUACAAACUUUUAUUUAGACGUUGCAUUCUUCGCCAUGGAAAACUGUCAAAAUACUACGAUUAUGGGUAUAUUUUGGUUCUAUUAGCUUAAGCAGCUCUCGAGCUUUCUAUUGGUAUCAAUAUCUUGUGAUUUACUAUUAAUCUUUAUGUCAAAAUAUUGCAAACCAUUUGGACAAAAACGGAUUUGCACAGGGCAGAAUGCCAAAAAAAAUUCUAGGCUUUUUCAUUGGGCGCCCGUUUUUCUUUUAUUUUUUCUUGACGUGCGGGCGCGCUUUUGAAAUGGAGUUUUUUUCACUUGGAGAGGGAAGCAUUUUGCCACAUUUUUGAUACUUCCCGGAUGCAAAAAGGUACGUUUUUUGCCACUGGAUCAGGCCCCCCACUGUAUUUCUCCGCCAAUAAUGCACCAAUUUCUACAGAAUUUAUAUCAAGCUGAGACACCCCAUAGUUUGCUCACUGGUUAUGACAGGACUACGUUCACGGGGGUUUCCUUACUGACCCCUGACAUUUUCAUUUUUAAUUAAACUUUGCUAAAUGAAACUCUUUUAUGCGUUGCACUUGGAGCACUUCCACUGCUCGUAAUAACUGCAUCUGUCUGGAAACGACCAGACUGAUUAGCGACAAGGAAAAAAAAAAUAUGAUCCUUUCCUGUUAUUCCUUUGAUUUGUAACCCCUUGUUGCCGACUGUCUAUGAAAUGGGGGUAAAAAGUUUUGGGAGGGGAAAACUGGGUUAGAAAGACGUCUUUGGUUAACGAUUAAAAAACUGUAGUCUUGACCAGUAUAUAAAGAAGAGAUGUUUGGAUGACAGUUUUAUCAAGCAUUUAGCGUGUCUCAGUGGCUAUUUUUCCGCAGAUUAAUUAACUGUAAUUUUUUUUGUAGACACCUCCAAUUUCGAUGGCUCCAACCAACGUUACCAAAGCUCCCGAAUACUUGGCCCCGGCACUAUCUCCGGCACCAAAGAAGCCAGUCAACAGUAGAGCCAACCAUUUCAAUGCGGUAAGUAGGGGAAAGUAAUUACGUUACUCUUUUGGAUAUUAUCAUUAACUUCAACUUUUGGCUUCCUUGAGCACUCCCUGAAUGAAGUACAACUUCAUUUUUCAGAUUGUCGAACGCCAACGCGACUUUUUCUAUUCCGAUGCAACCUUGCCCGUUGAAUUCCGGAAGCAACAACUUUUGAAGCUUAGAGAAUCCAUCGUUAAAUUUGCUGACAGAAUCGUUGACGCCAUUCAUGAUGACCUCAAAAGGGCGAAAAGUAUUGCCAAGGCUACCGAGUUUGAUCUAAUCCUCGGCGAUUUGGAUUAUUUCGUUGAGAACAUUGAGAAAUGGGCCGCGACGGAAGAGCGUCAAGAAACUCCGUUCGGCAAGGCUUUUGUCUACAAACAGCCUCGAGGCGUCGCUUUGAUUAUUGGUCCAUUCAACUUCCCAAUUCAACUAACGAUUCGACCACUUAUCGCUGCCAUUGGUGCCGGCUGCACGGCGGUUGUGAAGCCUUCAGAAGUUGCGGAGAAUUCGGCUCAAGUCAUUGAAGACCUCCUGACUUCCACUUUUGAUCCGGAAUAUGUCGCUGUGGUUCAAGGAGAUGGCUCGGACACUGCCAGUCUCCUCGAACAACACUUUGAUCAUAUCUUCUUUACCGGCGGCACUCAAAUUGGAAAGAUUGUCAUGGCUGCUGCUGCCCAACAUUUGGCCACCGUAACGCUGGAAAUGGGAGGAAAAUGGUGGGUGAAUACUCGGCGUAAUAAUAAAUUUUUCAGUCCAUGUGUUAUCGAUGAGACUGCGGACAUUGACGAAGUGAUCAGCAAAUUCAUAAUGGGCAGAUAUUUGAACAAUGGGCAGGUCUGCAUCUGCCCCAAUCAUGUCAUCAUUCAUGAGAAAGUAAAGGAAGAAUUUGUCACAAAAUUGGUUGCUGCUGUUACUGGGCUCUUUGGAAAGCACCCAAAACAACAUCCUUUGUAUGCCAGGAUGAUCAGCAAAAAGCAUUGGAAGUAAGCAAAGACUUUAUUUGUUAUGUUUGAUGACUUGUUGAUCUCUAAGAUAAGGUCAAAUCUCUCGUCAUAUAUAAAAGCUCCGUUUUCAGUCGUGUUCACCGAUUAAUCACAGCCUCCAAAGGAAAAGUAAUCUACAAAUCUGACGAUGAUGAUGAUCAUGACGACAAGUUUAUCGCCCCUUAUAUUGUGGAGGUCGAGGCGGAUGACGCUUUGUUGGAAGAAGAGCUUUUCGCUCCCAUUAUCCCAAUUAUCACUGUAAAAAGCAAAGAGGAGGCGUUCAGAUUCGUCAGAGAGUCCAGAGAGAAGCCGUUGGCCAGCUAUUUGUUCAGCAAGGACAAGGAAUUUGUGGAGAAAUUCUGUCGGGAGAUUUACAGCGGAGCCACUGUUGUGAAUGACGUAAUGUCGCAAUAUUUCAGUAAGUUUGGUUUUAUGUAUUUUUUUAUUGAUUGUAAGGUCUUCAAGAAAGCUUGAGGAAAAUUUCUGGUAACUUUUCAUUUCUAAAAUACGCUUUUCAGACAACGAUAUUCCAUUUGGCGGAGUUGGGAACAGUGGAAUCGGGAGAACCCAAGGAAAAUACGGAUUCGACGCAUUUACUCACGAAAAAUCGGUUGUCCAAUGUAACUCAGCCAAAGGCGCGUUCACCCCUUAG